CCGGCCCGGCCGAAGCAUGAAUUUGAGCCUGUGCUUGCAGGCGCUCCUGCUUCUCUGGCUCUCCUUGACUUCGGUUUGUGGAGGGCCCCUGGUGGAGGCGUUGGACAGGAAGGAGCUGGAGGAAGGGAACAUUCGGACCCUGGUGCAGCCCAAAGUGGCAAGAACUGGGGGACCCUGGCAGGGCGGUAGGAGGAAGUUCCGAAGGCAGCGGCCCCGCCUUUCCCACAAAGGCCCCAUGCCUUUCUGAAGCAGGGCUAUUAAGGCCUCCAAGUGUCCAUGUCUUCACUCCCUGUUCUGCUCCCAGCAGAUGGACGGCUUUUCCUACCUGCAGAGGGGCCAGGCCCUUCCCACACAACAGUUUCCCCAUACUGCUGCCUGGAUGGAGUUGUCCUGGACCCCUUUCUUUCUCCUGGACUCACUUAAUCCACUUCCCUCCUUCUUUCCUGCCCCCACCCCUUGUUACAUCUGGGGCCCCCGACACUGAGAGGAGUCGGGGAAGGCUUUUGUUCCCUUCUCUGCCUCCCUCCAAGUCCACCUUCCAGAUGUUACACUGGCCCCUCUUCACCCAGUGAUCCAUGGGAAUUCUGGUGUCCAAGCUGGGGCUUCCCCCCCUUCCCCUUAGGGUACCAGGAUGCAGUUGCUUUCUCUUCAAGGAGCCCUGCCCUCAGGAGUGCCUAAAUGGGGAGAUGUAAGGGGAGAGAGGAGCCAGCAGAACCUGAGUGGGGCAUUUGGGGGGAUGGAGAUCAAGAUGGCUAAGAGAAACUGGGGGACCCUGGGAAGCUGGUGGAAAGGGGAGUCAUUUUGAUAUUGUGCCUUGGAAUUUGGGGGGCUGGUUUCUGGUGAAGCCAACUGGGAUCCUUUGUUGGGGAAGGGGAAGACAGCUGUUGUGUCUUUCCCACCUUCCAGUGCUGGGGACAACUUAAAUUUUUGCCACUCCCCCCCCCAGGGAGAAGGGGUCCUUUGAAGCACUUUCUUAGAUGUUGGGGGAGGGGAGUCCCCUCUGAAGUCUUAAGAUGUUUCCAUUUCCCUGUCUCUAUGGUGUGUGUUUCUUCCUUCUACCUUCUAGAGAUUUAAGAAGAUAUAUAAAGUAUAUAUAAAAGUCCACACGUUCACACACAUAUGCAGUCAAGAAGAGAGCUAUUUUUGUGAAACAAUGGCUUAUAUGGAGGGGAGGAUUCUAUUUAUUCUUAAUUAAACUUCCAAAAGUAAAAGGAGAGGGAUCUGGCUUGUUCCACUUGGCCCCAGAGGGGUCAAAAUAAAGCAAUAGGUGAAGGUUGCAUGGAGGCAGAUUUGGGUUCCAUGCAAGGGAAAAAUUACGUAGUCAUUAGAGCUGGCCUAAAGUGGAAUGGGCUGCCUGGAGAGGUAGUGAGUUCCCUGUCACUGUGAGUAUUCCAGUAGAGAUUGACCAAUUGCUUGCUGGGUAUGUUGUAGAGGUAAUUCCUGUUGGGUUGACUGGAUGGCCCCAAAGUCCCUUCUGGCUCUGAGAUUCUGUGAAUAUGACAGGGUUAGAACUCCUCGGCCUUUCUGGGGAAUGGGGGUGCAUUGCCCUUGUUCAAAGGUCCUGUCUCUGCUUCUCCCAGGAUGCUUUUUGCAUCCUUCCUAUUACACAAAGUGGGUAGGGACCCAGAGGUAGGGUGUAAUGCUCCUCACUCCAGUCCUCCAUGCCUGUUCAUUCAAUCCUCCAUUCUCAAAUGAAAUUCUGACUGCUGACUCCCAUCCCCACUCCCAGCCUUAGGCUGGGGUAGCCCAUAAAAUGGGAUUCCACUGGAGAGAUAGGUGCCUGUCCCCUACCAUGGUGCCAAGAAUCCUAGAAUAUCAGAGUUAGAAAGUUGCUUAAAGAUCUCUAGUCCACCUCCUCUUUUCCUACAUGGGGAAACUGAGGCCAAGAAGGGGGUAGGGGAGCCAGAUCUGGGGUGGAGAGGAGCACUAGCUAUGAACUGCCCACUUUCUGGAAGGGAGCUGUACCACUCCCCUUGCACCCCCCAGUGAUGCACAAUGGUUCCUCCCCAAAUGUCCCUUUGCUGUGGGUGACUUGGAUUCAUCUGGGCUAGUUUCUCUCCUCUGCAGCAGCUAGAGCAGUGGACCAGGGGCCAUCAUCAGAUAGCGAGCUCAUCUAGUCCAAUCCCUUAGCUUAUGGAGAGGUGGGGGGGCAAGGUCUGUAGAGAUGUAAUGACUCACCCAAGGUCACAUGAGCAGCAGUGGCAGAGCCGGGAUUUGAACCCAGGUCUUGUGACUCCCGAUUCAGCGCUUUUCCCACUGUAUUACAGCUCUUUCCACAAUGUACUUUUGUGGCCCAGGCCCAGGCCUGAGAACCUGACUUGGGCCCUCCCUUUCUCCCAUUUGGCUGGGCCUUGCCACCCCCCCCCCAGUCUCCUGCCUUAGUAGCUGAGGCCUUGUGUUCACCUGAGGUCAAACCAGGAUUGCCCACACUCCCAGGGCUGGUGGUCCAGGCACAAAUCCCUGGCUGGGAGGGUAGAAGGGCCAGAGACAGCAGGAGGAGGAAGAGGAAGAGGAGACGAAGGGGGACAGCUGGGUCCUGGCUAAUCCCAUUUCACAUGGUAACAGUUCAGUCGGUGGUUCUAAUUUAUGCCAACAUGAAACCCUUCUUCCUUGAGGCACCAUCCCCUCCUGGCAAUGGUCAUGCCAAUUCCUGUGUUUGUAAUAUUGUCCUGUGUAAAUAUAUCUUUAUAAUAAAGAGUUUUAAAAGGGCAAUAAACCCUUAUUUUUGGA